UGAGAAGAAGAAGAGCAGAAAGACGAGUGAACAAACUCACAACACACAACCUGGGAGCUUUUAUACUGUUCACUGCAGCAGUAAAGUCCAUGAGAAACAUUCCAGACAUGAAUCAUAAAUGGUGUUUUGUAAUCCUGUUCUUCUCAGUGGUAUGUGGUAUAGGAGCAUAUAUUCCUCAUCGCUACCACUUUGUGAAUGAGAAUAAAAGCUGGAGUGAAGCUCAGACUUACUGCAGAGAGAAAUACACUGAUCUGGCAACCAUCAACAACAUGAGAGAGAUGAAGAAGCUGAAUCACACACUGAUGAAGGAAAAUGCAAAGAAAGCUUGGAUUGGUCUACAGAGAGAGGGACCUGGGAAAUGGCAGUGGUCUCUGGCAGACCAAACUUUCUACAGAGACGGAGACACUUACAGAAACUGGAGGAGUGGAGAACCUAAUGGUGGUGUGGCCUAUCAGUUCUGUGCUGAGAUGUAUAAAAAUGAUGGAAAGUGGAAUGAUGUCAACUGUGUGUCAUUAAAACCUUUUGUAUGUUAUGAAGAAAAUAAUGCAAACACUAAAUAUGUAGUGAUUAAAGAGACAAAGAGCUGGUAUGAUGCUCAGAUCUACUGCAGAGAGAAAUACACUGACCUGGUCAGUGUGAGGAACCAAACUGAGAAUGAUGAGAUCUGGAGAAUGAUUAAUAGUUCUGUGGGUGGGGUUUGGAUUGGUCUGUUUAAUAACUCCUGGAAGUGGUCAGAUCAGAGUAACUCCUCAUUCAGAUACUGGAGCUCUGACAAACCCAGUGGAGGUUUGAACUGUGCUGCAGUGUCUGAGUCUGAGAAACGUUACUGGAGUGAUGUGAAGUGCACAGAAAAACUCCCGUUCAUCUGCCAUGAGAAUAAGCUGAUCCUGAUUAAUGAGACUCUGACCUGGAAAGAAGCUCUGAGAUACUGCAGGAACCAUCAUCAUGACCUGGUCUCAGUGCGCACUGAGGAGAUGCAGCUCUGCGUGAAGGAAGUGGCUCAAAACACCUCCACUGAACACGUGUGGCUCGGCCUGCGUCACACCUGCGCUCUGGGCUUCUGGUACUGGGUGAAUGGAGAGAUGAUCUGCUACCAGGACUGGGUAGGGACAGGGACUCCAGGCAAUGGGACAGGGUUCGAAGACUGCAGCAAUAAGGAGAGAUCAGGAGCAGUGCAGUCUGGAGGAGAGCAGAAGUGGAUCAGCCUUCCUCAGAGCGAAAAACUCAACUUCAUCUGCUCUACCUAUGAUGAUUUGUUUUAUUAAAUAUGAAGACUGAAGACCAGCUGUGGUCCAACAUCUGUAUCCAGCAUCAGCUGAUCUACAGUUCUGUCUCAUUUAUACUAUUCUACACAUUAUUAUUAUUAUUAUUAUUAUUAUUAUUAUUAUUAUUAUUAUUAUUAUUAUUAUUAUUAUUAUUGUAUCCUCUUGAUGCAGAUGUUUCAUCAUAUUUUUAAUGUUGUGUUAAUUUGUGUCUACAUACAGCAUGGUCUGUAGUAUGUUACCUAUUAUUAAUAGAAGGUUUAUGGUUAAUUAAGGUGGGAUAUAUUUACCUUGUUGUUUAGACUACAAUGUGUUUGGUUUUGCACAUUUAAUUGUUUUUUAAAUUCUUUCUCAGAAUAGGGAACUAUACCAUACUUAGUUCAUUUACCCAUGCAGGAAGCAUUAUAUGUUGAUGAUUUCUAUAGCUGGGAUUUCUGGGUGCUUGCUUCUUUAAUGUGUAAGAAUAUGGACUGUAAUGACU